AUGGAGUACAAGCAAGAAUUGCAAAAUCCCUUGAUGGACCAAGCAAUGGAGAAGGCAAAGGAAGAGAAAAUGGAGGAGUUGAGAGCACAGGUGCGCAUCAGAAACUACAUGAAUGGUUAUGCAGACUCAAUGGCGUUGAAAUGUGCUGUGGAGAAUGGAAUUGCAGACAUCAUCCAGAAACACGCCAAGCCCAUAGCUCUCUCCGAGCUAGCGAAGGCUCUUCCCUUGCCUACUGUUAGCACAGAGCACCUGGAGAGGCUGAUGAAGUACUGGGUCCAAUUGGGACUCUUCACGCAUGAGAAGGAUGGCUCGCACGGGCUGACUCGGUGCUCUAAGUACUUGCUACGAGAAGAGAAUACUACAAUGGCCGCCAUUAUUCUUGGGCUAGUAACAGAGUGGACCAUAGGGCCAUGGCACUGUUUGGCUAGAAGCUUGGAAGGAGGUCCGACGGCAUUCCGAAGAUAUCAUGGGAGGGAUAUGUGGGAUUAUGUGGCUGGUCACCCGGAGGCGAGUCGACUGUUCAACGAGUCUAUGGCAGGCGAUACAAGACUGUUGUUGCCUGUGCUGAUGCAAGAAUGUGGGUCAUGGUUGUUUGAAGGGAUUUCGUCGUUGGUGGACGUGGGAGGAGGGAAUGGGACGGCCAUGGUGGAGAUAGCAAAGAAGUUUCCGGGAAUUAAGUGCACUGUGUUUGAUCUCCCACACGUGAUAAGGAACACGAACUCGAGUGAGUCAACUGGGGUGGAAUGGGUUGAAGGGGACAUGUUUGAAUCAAUACCUCCAGCAGAUGCAGUUUUGCUCAGAGAGGCAAUUCCCAAAGAGCGAGGGAAAGUAAUCAUCAUCGACAUAGUAAUGGAUAUUGAGCAGGAUCCUGAGUUAAUCCGGGCAAAGUUGAUGACAGAUAUUGACAUGAUGUCCGAUGAUCUAACAGUGAUGGAUCAGAGACAUCACGAGGCCCAGGCAUUAUCCAGAUUGGCAGUAAAGGCCCCAAACCCCCUUCUUCGAAGAUGGCAUUACGAUAGGAAUCAUCAGAGGUUGCAUGAACAAAGUCAACCACCGCAGCUUGCUCUCAGUGAUUACCUUGACUGCGAUAAUGUGUGUAGCUGA